AGAAUUUUUAAGAGGACACAUUUUCAUUCAUGCCGACCAACAGGACAACACAUUAUAAAACGUCUCUCGGUAAGACUGUACGUAUCACGACUAGAACCCUAUCAUGACGAGAUAACGGACACGUUUUUCUGAUGACCAGUGGACUACUGAACAUCGACCUGGUAUCGCAGGUAGAUAACAGUCAACGUUACAUUGCCAGGUCAGACACAGCAAUGAUGGAGAAUUUGAAGGAAGAAAAAGAUUUGAAAAGUUUUGAUCCCGAUUGGUAUAUACAAAACUUGCUGGCAUCAGAUGAAGCUGCUUUCAACAUGAGAUGUGAUGUCGAAAUCCUACAUAGAUUUUUUAACGAACACAACGUAAGCGGUAAACGCCUAUUGGAUGUGGGUACUGGUCCUACUAUUCACACACUGAUCACGGCUUAUAAUCACGUGGAUGAGAUCUACCUCUCAGACUACCUUCCACAGAAUCUCCAAUAUUUAGAGAAAUGGCUUGAGGGGGAGAUUAACCAACCUACAAAAUUGAUAGAUUACGUUAUGAGCCUUGAAAAACGAACGAUGACUGCCAGACAAAGAGAGACGGAGAUAAGGAGUAAAGUGAAAGGCAUUCUUCCCGUGGAUGUGACGAAAUCAAAACCUCUUGGAGACACGUACAACGACACACAAUUCGACAUCAUUAUAUCUAGCUACUGUAUCGAGACAGCGGUGUUUACAGUGGAAGAAUAUGGGAAAUGCCUUGAAAAUGUAGCCUCCCUCCUUAAGAAGGGUGGUUAUCUUAUUCUUUUUGUUUGUUUGAACGGUGAUAAUUACCAAAUUGGAGAGUAUAAAUAUCGUGCGCUCUCCAUUACUAGGGAAGAGUUACAAUCAACAAUGCGACAAGUUGGAUUUGACAUUGUGGCAGCAGAAGAGGUGGCAGAAUCUGAAUAUGAUGCCAAAUACCUGGGUUUUGAUUCCUGUUAUUAUAUGCUUGCACGAAAAUGAACGAUUUCAAAAAAGCUUGGACAAAAUUGCAAAAUGAACCACUGCCAGUGAGUGAGAAUGUGUCCCUACCACUAAUAAAAUACAUACCAAAUACAAAUGUAGUCAU